GUCCUCUCUCCGCUGGAAGGUCGCGCAGGCGCAGAGAGGCGCGGGGAAACGAAGCCGUGUCCGAGAUCGGGGAUGGACAAGAUGUCGCGGGGUUCGGGGUUGCAACCCAGAGACCUCCCCGAGGAGGUGAUCGGCUACACACCAGAUGAGAAACUCCGGCUCCAACAGCUGCGAGAGCUCCGGCGCCGCUGGCUCAAAGAUCAGGAGCUGAGCCCCCGGGAACCGGUCCUUCCCCCGCGAAAGCUCGGCUUGGUGGAAGGUUUCUGGCAGCGCUUCCUUCAGCCCGAGAGAUUUUGGAAGAGACAGGUAUUCAAGAUCUACAAUGCUGGAAAAUUUACUAUAAUUAACCUUAUUAUUCCUCUGUGGCUUGCCCAUUAUAUUGUCAAGUACCAUGUCCAGGUUACUCCCCAUGGUAUUGUUCAAAAAAAGCCUACAAUAUAUCCAGGAGACAGGAUGGAGGAAAAAGAAGUUCCCCCACCAUCACAUGGAACUGCAACAGAAAUACCAUUUUGUGAGGACUGAGAGACCCUUUAAGACCUGUAAAAUGAAAACACUUACUUUACUGUUUCUUAUGUAAAUGAAUAUAUAAUUCAAAAUGGACAAUAAGAAAUGUAAUGAUUUUGGCUAAUGUGCGUAUAUGUGGGAGGCAGUGCUAUGCUGGGAUGGUCUCUAAGGAUAGUCACUAAUCAUGUAUAGAUACUGAAUACAACAACGAAGUAUUUUGGUUAUUGAUAGGCCUUAGAAAACAUACAACAUAGAAACAACAUUAAAAGAUAAAUAACAUGAAAUAAAAGAUGCACAUAGCAGCCAAAGAGGAUAAACUUUCUUCAUUCAGAUAAACCAUUUUGAACUCUGAAGCUACUCACAUCAGAGUUUCAGUGAGGAGACCAUCAUAAAUAUAUCCAGAACAAAUAAACAGGAGGGUUAGUGCUUACUGCUUUACUAAGCUUGGAGAAAAUUUAAUUAAGUCUAGUAAGGGCCUGUUGACUCUUGAUGGCAGAUUUGACAUUGAAAGAGUGCAUCCACUGAAAAAUGAUUGGGAUAAAAAGCAAUUAAGGUCUGGGUAUUGUACCACAGAGGAAACAUCUUCUACAAGAGAAAGUCAGUACUCUAAAGAAAUCUUAACAAAACACCAAGCCAUUUGCAGAUGGGCAAACACAAGCUGAGAUUCAACCAGAUAAGAAAAAAUUGGUCAAGAAACUCAAGGAUCGAGAUAAUUUCUGAAGGGAAAGUGACUGAUACAACAAGACGUGACAAAAAACACAAAAAAGAAUUAAGUUGGAUAAAAUUUUUACCAAUUCUUCUCAUUAUCUUUUUUUGUAAUUACAAUUGACAAUAAUGAUGGAGAGAAUGGCACCACAGAAACAAAACCUUUCAGCUAGUUGCCAAGUAACCGAUCUUUGUUUUUACGUCUGGCACAAAUGAGUUUGUUAUAACUGAACACUCAGUUUGAAUGUCCUUCUUAUUGUGAUUCCCCUUUCCUCAGCACAACAGUUUCUAUUCUUGUUUUACUAUUUAUUGUUUUUAUUGUUAACUAUUGUUAAGUUCUCCCCAUCCCUUGCAAGUCAUAUGCCAGUGGGCAAAUUUAAAUUCUAGAUUAAAAAUAAACAUUAUUAAAUUCA